AUGACAUCUUCAAAAGCAAGAAAAUCUUCAAUUGAGAUAAACUUCAAUGGCAUGUUUGUGACAAGUCCAUUUGCUUAUGAAGGAGGUGAAAUCAAAGCACUCGAAAAUCUUGAUUUCACAAGCAUGGAAUACUCUGAGUUUUCUGAUUUCUUGAAGAAGGAAACAGAUGCAGACUGCUCAGGUAUAUAUUAUGUUAUUCCUGGAAAGGAAUUGCAUAAUGGAUUAAGGCUUAUAAAAAGUGAUUCAGAUUUCAAAAUUUUUGUUGAUUAUGGACAUAGAAGUAAGCGUAGAAUUGCAUUAUACCUUGAGCAUUUCGAUGAAGAUUUAACAGAGUACCUUGAGGGAGUUGAAGAUGUAGUAAACCACAAGGUGGAUGAGAGUGAAAAUGAAACAGACAGCAUGAGUGAAGAUGAUGAUGAUGAUGAUGAUGAUGAUGUCGAUGAUGAUGAUGAUGAUGACGAUGAGAGUGAAGACACUGCUUCCAUAGACCAUUUAUCAGCAGAUGAAGUAGAACUAAGUGAACUUAGAAAGAAGAAAAGAGCACGUAUCAUUGAACCAAUCAUAUUUGGUUCAGGGCGAAAUAGUCUUUUUGAUGCUGAUGUCGAUGAACUGUCGAAAGAAGAUACUAUGGAAAUCGAACAUGAAAGCUUUUUGAAUGAGCUUUCAAUGUCUUUACAAAAACAGACACAUAAUAACAUCAAGAAUGAUGGAGUAAAGUAUCCCAGACAUAAUCCUAGGACAUAUUGGAAACUGAUGAAACCUAUACUUGGUGAAAGAUAUGAAACUCCCCAACAACUGAAAGAAUGUAUCACAAAUUAUGCAGUUGCCAAUGGUUAUCAGAUCUGGUUUGAAAGAAAUGAUCACAUGAGACUUCUUGCAAGAUGUUCCAAAAGAGCACAUGAUGAUGAAACAAAAUGCCCUUGGAGACUAUGGGCUACAUGGAUGGGAAAUGAGAAAUCUUUUCAGGUAAAGUCACUUGUAGAUGAACAUAAAUGUGCAAGACACUUCAAAUCAGCUUCCCUUGUGAAUUACAAAUGGAUUGCAAACAAAUUUGCAUCCAAAAUAACACAAGAUCCUGAAAUCAAGCUAGUUGAUUUACAAGCUGCUGUGUUGAAAAAAUACAAGUGUCAGGUGAGUAUAAGAUUAUGUCAUAAAGCAAGAGCAUAUGCAUUAAGUGAAUAUGAGCAAGGUGGAAAGCUACAUUAUGCUAAAUUAUGGGAGUAUGCUGAAGAGAUUAAGAGAAGUAACCCUGGUAGCACAGUCAAGAUGAAUGUAAAAGUCAACCCUGAUGAUGGGAAGACUUAUUUCCAAGGUUUCUAUGUGUGUUUUCAAGGUUUGAAAGAAGGGUGGAAGCAUGGGUGUAGAAGAGUGUUGGGAUUAGGUGAAUGCUGUUUAAAAAGUGUUUAUAAAGGUGUAUUGUUAUCUGCUGUAGGUAGGGAUGCAAAUAACCAGAUAUAUCCAGUAGCAUGGGCUGUAGUUAAUGUUGAAAAUAAAGAGAAUUGGAGUUGGUUUCUUAAAUUGAUGAAAAAAGACCUCAAUCUUGAUGAUGGGACAGGUGUCACUCUAAUAUCUAACGAUCACAUGGGAGUAAUUGAAGCAGUGAAUGAUGUGAUGCCACAAGCAGAACACAGACAAUGUGCCAGACAUAUUUAUGAUGAUUUUACCGAAAAGUUCACUGGAGGGCAGUUUCAGCGUCUUUUUUGGGAAGCUUGUAAAGCGUCAUUUCCUCAACAAUUUGAUAAAGUAAUGGAAGAAAUCAGAGUGGAAAAUCCUGAAGCAUAUCAAUACUUAAUGGAUAAAGACCCCUCUACAUGGUCAAGGGUCUUCUUUCAAACUAAUGUAGGGUGUGAUGCUGUUGAAAACGGGAUUAGUGAGUGUUUUAACUCACUAAUCUUUGAUUUAAGAAGAAAGCCCAUUGUCACCCUACUUGAAUCCAUCAGAGUCAUAGUAAUGGAUAGAAUGUCAAAAAUGAGAGCUGAAUCUGAAAACUGGGAUGAUGAUAUUUGUCCCACCAUUCGAAAGAAACUUGAACAAACAAAAGAGUUAGAAAGGUUUUGGCGUGUGAUACCAUGUGGUGGAUCUUUGUUUGAGGUAAAACAUGGAGCUGAUGUUUUCAUGGUGGAUGAAAUUGGGAAAACAUGUAGUUGCAGGACAUGGCAAUUGUCAGGUGUACCUUGUCCUCAUGCGAUUGCUGCUAUAUUCUACAUCAACAAGCUUCCAGAAGCUUAUGUUUCAGAUUGGUUCCGGAUGAAGAUGUUGAAUGAGGCGUACAGUCAUCAUGUGAAGCCAUUGAAUGGAAUCAAAAUGUGGCCUGAGACAAAAGGGGUUACCCCUUUAGCACAAAAGCCAGCUGUAAACAUGUGUAGAAAAAGGGGGAAGUUGAGAAAAAGGAAAAGGGAUGCAAUGGAGGUGUAG